ACUAAUUACGAUGACGUCUCUGAUCUUAAUGGUGCUGCGACUAAUGCAGUUUUAACUGCUGCCGAAAACACAACUCCAUAUGUUCCAUUUAUUAAAAAUGAAGUAUUGGCUGCCAAUAACAAAACAUCACCGCUUAUUUCGCAAAAGCAUCCAGAACACUUAUAUAAUUCAAAGCUCACUGAAAAGUACUUAAUUACGACCAAUUACGAUGACGUCUCUAACCUUUGUGGUAUUGCGACUAAUGCUGACGAAAUCGCAGUUUCAUAUGUUCCAUUUAUUAAUAUGGUGAAAAUUUUA